AAAAAGAAAAAGAAAAGGGAAAAGAGGGAAUUCCGUUUACAGCUCACUUCACAGUUGUACGUUACGUCCCACUGCCGUUCGGAAUCUUUUCUCUCUCUCUUCACUUUCUCUCUCUAAAACAAUUUCCUCAUAAUCUCCACCACCACACCACCACCGCACUACCAUUCUUUGUCAAUUGUUAUCCCUACCAAACCUUCCCCAAUGAAUUAGUAAUCCCUAUUCCCACCCUCAAUCGCAAUGCACGACUCCACCCAUCAUCUCAAACCCCAGCAGCAGCAGCAGCAGCGCCCGCCGCUGCAUCGCCGCCGCCACUGGUGCUGCUCCUUCACCACUCCACCUCUCAGCCCCGAUAACCCCGUCCUCUCCCGCUCCCGCUCUUCUUCCUCCUGUAAUAAAAAGACCGAACUCCAACAUCACCACCAGAAGCUCCCCCUCGCCCGCCGCAUACUCUCCCCUGGCCGGGUUUCCCCAAUUUCCGACAACCCCGUAAUCACUCACAAAACCCCCAGAAAAGUUCAAGCAUCCCCCAAUUCGCCUCCGCCUCCGGCUGAUUCGGAAAUUAGUACCAGAGACGAGGGUAAUCUGGGUAAUUUUGAUGUUAGGUUAAAUCUCAAGGGGAAGAAUGGAGGAUCCUUGAUUCUCGAGCUGGGUUCGGAGGUUUUGACUGCCAAUAGCCCUGUUUUUGCCGAUUUGAUUGCUGAUUAUCGCAAGAAUGUGAGUGGCUUUUGUAGGAUUGAAGUGCCUAAUGUGGAUAAUCUGAACGUGUUCCGAGACACGAUUGAGCUUAUGUUUGAUGAUGAUAUUCCGAAGAAGCUCCUCAAGAUUGGGGUUUUCCGGGCUAUCGAUAUACUUGAGGUAUCAUCGAGCAUCAAGUUCAGCAGGGGUAUUUCUUCAUGUAUAAAGUACCUCGAGGCAGUACCAUGGACCGAAGAAGAGGAGGAAAAGCUAAGGGAACUAUUUCCAAAACUCAAAAACAUCGAUAAUGCUAAAACAACAGACAUCUCAGACAGACUCAUUUCCCUCAAUUCUACCGAUUCCCAUCAAACACUAACGAAACAGCUCAUUUAUUCCAUCACCGCUUCAACCAAUACCAAUUCAAGAAACGACCUAAAGUCAUUGGUCAAGGCUCUAAUAUGCAAAAGCUCCGUCUACGAAAAAGACUCCCCCGAUCUAAACAAAGGCGACAUAUACUCAGUUUGCGAGUCGUGCCUAACCUCACUCACCACUCUUCUUCUAGAAGCUUCCGGUGCAUCAGACAACAACGCAGGCAAUAACAAAAACCCACCUCUGUUGGAGCGGAUCUCGAGACAGGUGGACAACAUUAAUUGGCUGCUCGAAAUCCUGCUCGACCACCACAUGGCGGAGGAGUUUGUGGACAUGUGGGCAAAUCAAGAAGUGCUGCUCAAAAUGCACGGGAACGCGUCCCCCAUGGUUAGGUACGAGAUUAGUAGAGUUUCGGCGAUGCUGUUUAUUGCAAUGGGCACUCGAAAAUUCCAUUGUCCUGCGGAAACGAGAUUAGGGCUUCUUAAAGUGUGGUUCCGGCCAAUGCUGUCGGAUUUCGGGUGGCUGCAGAGGUGUAAGAAGGGGCUCGAUAUGAAGGCGUUGGAAGAUGCUAUGGGCCAAUCAUUGCUUACGCUCCCGUUAAAAGAGCAGUAUCCUUUGUUUAUGGAUUGGUUUCAUUGCUUCUCCAAGAAUGGUAGUGACUGCCCUAAUCUUGGUAAAGCUUUUCAAAUUUGGUGGAGGAGAUCGUUUCAAAGGGGGUCCGAGACUUUUGCUAUCGAAUCUAGGUAAAAAACUGAUGAUGGUAUCGAAACGAAAUGUUUGUUCGUGUAGGGGGGGAGAUCGAUCAGGUAUUGCUUCGUGGGGGUGUUUAAUAAUAAUGUAGAUUAAUUAACUAUGUAAAAUUUCCCAACACUUUUUGUGCAAGUUGUAAUGUAAUCAGAAGGUUAAGCUUUUUAUGUAUUCAUUUUUUACAGUUGUGUUUUUGAGCGCAUUUGCGUUAGGCACCACCAUCUAAGAGUUGCACUUGCGUUUGUGUGUAAUGUUUGAUAGAUUUUUUG